GGAUCGAGCUUUUCAUGUCCUGACAAGAAGGAAAAAAAGAUGGCGACUGAAGGAGGGUAGCAGACGAUGCGUGUGCUCGGAUCGCAAGGCAUAUUGGAGGACAAGAAAUGUGUUCAUAGUGAUUUCUAAUCACGUGCAGUGUGCAGCGAUGAGAUAGUCAUGUAUACAUAUUUGGCUCGCACAAAAGUAAAAUAAGUCUUUCAUGUUAUACUCGGUCUGUGCAAUUUUGUUGACGCGAAAUACGGAGUUUUGAAGCUUCCAUGGAUGCCAGUAUGGAGCAGAAUAACGUAGCGAACAAUAAAGGCUUGGUAUACUUGGUGCUACCUUUCCGGAAGCUAUGCAUAGCUACAGUCUUGCUACCUCUAGCCACUCUUUUGGUCUGCUUCGUUACUGCAUACAUCUUUCAACAAGACGACAUUCAUGAAACUCAUUGUCGAGUUUACAAUGUUCUUCCAUCGAUUUCGGCCAUCACUGGGGUGUCACCGCAGCGAUACUUGUGGCGUGUUAGCAUAGCACUGCACAUCGGGCCACGGCUCAUGAUUGCGAGCGUGUACUAUUCCUAUUACCGCAAGCUACUGAAGUCGGUCUAUGACGUACCGUCAAAGAUUUUAGGAUCCAAGCUUCUAAAUCUCUGCUAUUGGCUGAAUAUUGCCGAGAUAUCGGCUCUGUGCGGUGUCACCUACAUCUCUAACCGAGAGAAUUAUUCGGUGCACGAAAAGAUUUUCAUAGUAUUUAUGUUCAGCUCUUUGAUGUACAUGUUGGCAGCCGUAAGGUUGGGCCGUCUGAUAACUCCGAAUGCACAAAGUCUCCAGUACAAACAGGCGCUCUUCGUCGCCAGUAUCGUCAGCACUGUUGGCCUUAUUAUCUUCUUCCUGAAGCAUCGAUUGUUGUGCCACGAUUUGGCGUUCAGCUGGUUCUCCUUGUGCGAGUACGUGAUAGCCUGCGCAAACAUGGGAUUCCACGUGACCGUGAUCCUGGACUUCCCUCAGGAGCAGCUGGUCGUAGGUCAAGGUUUACCCGCCAAGAAGGCAGAUUAACCAUUUAGCACAAUUGCAACUAGUCAAGGUCGCCUCGAAGUGCCCAUUUCUCGUGUCGCGAACUAUGAAAAUACCGGUCCUCUGAGAAUACCGACACCCUGUUGGAACGUCCUAGCCACCGGGAAACCAGAGCGUUGCCCUUUCUCCGCAGGAAAAGUUUUAUAAUAUUUUCAUUUCUCUCGACAGCGAUAAGAUUAGACGGCGCUUAGCCAUGAAAGAAUUGCCACUAGAUAGCGGAGCACGAGGUAGUUUAUUGAAAUAGAAUAUACGUGCUUCCAAGGUUAGGUAGCAAAGUGGACACGUCGAGGACCGACCGGGCGUAUUAUGGCCUUUUGUUAUUAAAUUUAUUAGGCGAAUUAUACUAGCUAUAGCUAAUGUUACGAGAGAGAGCCUUCUACCGAGGGCUCGUAGAGGUACCACGAGGUAUUACGAAGAAGUGAUCGGAGGGGCUUUUUAAUUUCGGGAAGGUUCGAUCAGACGCGAGUUGUACACCCGCCGAGCGUUCCUAUGCCAAAUUCUCCUCGUGGCUUUUAACACUGAUAAACAUUUCGAUAAUUGAGGGUGUCUUUGAUUUUUUCUUUAUUUUUAUAAUCCUGAAUUUUUGACCGAGGAGAGCUUGGAACGCGCGACUCGAGGUUCGUGUUACUGGAGAGGAAACCUUAAGGCGAUACAACUCGCGUCGCGAGGUUUCCUUAUCGUGGCGGCCAGUGGAUGAACACUUCUCACUUGGCGUCCACUAGUGUUUAUUUAUCGACAGGUGUUCAAUCACUGGCGCACUCGUUCCUCUCGAUAAUUCCAGGAUCGCUAAGUCGAUCGGCGAGAUGCGGUCGUGUCAACGGUUGUGAACACCUGCGGCGUGUAGAGCUGUCCUUGAAAAGGAGAACGCGCCUUUCUAGUGAUAUUUGCACCAACUCUAGUCGGAGUCGUUCUAGUCGAUGCGAGUGUGUUACCUGCUUUCAAGAUAUCCGUUGAUUUACCUGACCUAGCUUUAGUUUAUGCGCAUUGAUAGUGCACUCGUCGCACACCGUACGGAUUCGGACAGGUGUAAUACACUCGAAGCCUCGGGGCCGAGCUGGCCCUUGGGGAUAAUUUUAAUUAAUUAAACGCUUACUAAUUGUAACACAUGCGUACGUACCGCGGGGAUGAUCAUUAGUUAUUCAAUUGUGUAACCGCGUAGGGACAUCCGCAGGUUUAGAUGUGCCAAGGGGUACCUUAAGGAGUUAACUUCGUUUGGUACGAUAAGACCUUGGAUUGUUUAGAAUAAGUAUGUACGCAAGGUAACUUGAAGUACCAUUUGCAACAUUGUAGAAAUUAAAUCAACAUUGUAAAAAAUUGAUUAGAGGGUUUCGGACAAACUAGGUCUUGUCGUAGCUCGAGUACACUCGUAGAAUCGAAUAUGCGUACCUAGGGAUGCGCUACGAUUACAUUAAGUAAUGUACAAUUAUCCUGGACAAGUAAUAGGAAAAAUUGCGCACUCGUUGCUCUCGCUUAACCCGAGCGGGGUGUUCGCGUCAGGGUUGAUAAAAAUGACGAUCCCUUAAAGGAGAGAUGAAAAAUCGUUGAUCGUUCCUUUCAAUUAAAUCACGAUUAAAAUGGCGAUUUUUAUUAUUUUAUUCCUGAUUCUUAUUAUUUAAAUCAACGUCUCGUUUGGAAGGGUAGGCUCGGUAUCAGGGUUGAUAAGAAUCUUGGAUUCUUCCGUAGAAUAAUGUCGAUGGUUUGAAAAAGUACUCUCCUGAUUUUACUGCGCUAAUAGUGUAAACGGUUAAUUGAAGCCCUUCAUUUUAAUCGUAACUUUUAAUCGCACGAUUUUUUUAAUCUCAAUUCUGGUUCGCGUUUCCUAGUAACGUUUCAAUGCUCGCGGAGGGCUUGAAAAUCCAAGGGGGUGUUUCACUUGAGCGUUUCUUUUUAGUCGCCGGUAGCGUCGAUGUUAAUUCUAGAGAGCACUCGCAAGGUAAUUGUAUCGUUUUUGCACGUUUUUACACAUUGCCAUUGACACGUAGCGUGUACCUCGUUGAUAAAAAAAAAACGAAAAGAAAAGAAGAAGAGGAAAAAGAGCGACCCGUACUCGUAUUAUAUCUUCCGCCGCCCCCGGAUAUUAGGCACGCACUGAUAAAAAUCCCCGUGUAAAUUUACAUACUCAAUAGUUUGUCAUUUCGACGCCAGGAUAAAUUGCGGUGAAAUUACACGAUCUCUGUGACGUCACGUUUGGCGUCUACGUUAAGGUAUAGAAAAUUAUAACGCAAUAUGUUAUAUUUAAUUCGAGUAAAGAGGUAUAUUAUGAGGCGGGUAGAAGUGUAUGUCAAUUUAUCUAGGGAUUUUUAUCAAGGCGGAUUUCGGAGGAUUUUAACGUGGAUUAGAACCACGACUGUGCUAGCGACUCGAGUACUCCUUUCAUCGAUGAUGACACCUUAACGAGCGAUACCGGUUCUAACGUAUAACGUUGAUCCGUGCCAAGUGAUGCACCGACGAGUCUACAGUAUUUUCGGUAUGCGAGGACGCUGGGAAAUCGGAAAAGAGAAAAGCAAAGGAGGUUUAAGUCGAUGUUAAGAAAGAAAAAGGGCCGGUUGACUGAAAGAAAUCCCCACUGCGAUGGAAUACGUCCAAAGGAAUGUUUCAUUAAGUGAGGGGAAAAAAGAAAGGGGGAGAGAAAAACAAAUCGUUUAAAUCAACGUCAGUUUUUCUUCUCGAGAAAGAGUUUCUUGCAAUUGCGUAUUGUGAUGUGUAUUCGUUUCAGUCAAGGGAUUCUUUUUACUUAGUAUAGGUUAAUUAACUCGUUAGCAAUAAUUGAAACGCCCACCGAAGGCGCAAUCAUUCCUUAGACUGGCGAGAAAAAUUGCGCCGUGGAUUGGAAAAAAAAAUCGAUCCUUUACGGGAUUCAUUCGUUCCUUAUUGGGAGGGUCCGAUUUUCGUAGUGAAAAUGAUCAUAGAAGGUUCGACGAAGAGAGCCAAUGGAUCGUAUGUUCGAUUUAGAGGAUUAUCAAGUGGAAUAAGAGGCGGAUCGAUGUAGGAAAGGAGAGACGCUUUUUAGGGGAGAAUCUGUUAAUGGGGACUUAUCUAGUUAUCGUGAAAAUUCGGGCGACUGGGUCCUCUCGUUUGUUCUAUGCCCUGCUCAACAUGAUUGCUCGUCGAGUCGUCGGCCUUGACACGUGUUUACUGGCUUUAUUUAAUUGAUGUCAGCCACUUGGCACGAUGACUCUCUCUCUCUAGAAUUGGGCUGGAGGUCUUCGUCGCGCGGACAAAGACCCGUCUAGUGUGUCUACUUUCGAGGACCCCGAAGACGAUCUGGAGGCGGUACUUGGAAGGUGCGAAGCGUCGAUGCGUCUUCCGCAAGCCAGAGGAGAAAAAGAAAAGCCGGGUUUUACCCCGAGCGAGCGUUCUUGACCGAUCGAGGCGGGAUGCGAGGAGGAACCCUCGAUUUCCGGGAGAACCGGACGUCCUAACGAAAUCUGGCUUUUACGAAAGUUUUUCCUCGGAUCGUUGGGCGGAACUUUUGUAGGAGACGUUUCCUUGGGAAACGCCCCGGUGAGGCGGAAAACCCGGAGGCCCCGCGAGGCUUGCGAGGUGUCGAGGGGACUGCAUGAGACGACAAUGGCUGACGCGAUUUUAGAGGCGAGUAUUGGCGGGACGGAAUCGAUGUUGUCAAUGCAGAAUUGUUAAUUUAGAAAUGUUGUAUGUAAAGGGUGGAGAAGGCGAUCGAACAUAUCUGCCCGAGAUAUCCCUAUUCCUGGAUUUUAGUUUAUCGUCAAGUGGGAAGAUCGACAGCUCCAAUGAUUAAUAUGUAGAGGGAACGGACGGAAAUGCGGAAUAGUCGUAACACCCGGUCCCGACUAUCGGAAAUGCGAAAAGAGGCUUCCGAGGCAUUUCGGAAAAUUCCCGGCCGAGCUUUUCCUCCGACCCGUUCGCGAGGAAUCCGAGAGAUGAAAAUAAAACGGAGAUAUCACAUCGCUCAAGGCAAUCACUUCGGACGCGUUCUAACCCCGAGAGGCGUGUCCUUCGUUAAAUUUAAGAAUACUCAGCCAGGAAACACGGCCUCUCUCUCUCUCUAUCUUCCUCACUCUCUUCUUUUUCCCAAAAUUCGAGACGCGAUGCCGAAGAAACGAUUCGACGAAUUGGACCUCGCCUGUAUCUCGCAACGAGACUGUCGAAAUAAAGUGGAGAAAAGGA